AUGUUGUUCAACGCGUCUCCCAGCAGCUGGAUCAUGUCUUGGAUUUUAGCACUGCAAUUCCUUAUUUCUCUUUCUUUACCUUUCACCCACGCUGCGCCAGUCUCCGACCUCGUACAGCUGUCCGGCUCUGUGGGCCAUGAGACAGCUCCGCUGCCAGCUGCAUCUGACGAGUACGAGAAGUAUCUCAGCAAGCGAAGUCCAGGCGUAACUGGGAACGCAUGGUUCAUACGCACGAGGAGAAACGGCGAUAAAGUUUUUGGGUUUGGUCAAGAUGUCGGCAGCAAAUAUCUCCCUGCUAGACAACUUGGAAGUGUCACAGUGAAGAAUCGGCCACUUGGGAGCGGGUCAUUCGGGACAGUAUCGGAAGGCAUUCUCUUUGAAUUCGACAGAUCGCGACCAAGAGAAAAAGACUUGGAAGACGAGCCUUGUGGUUACGAAAGGUCCAAUGUUGUCGUGAAACGGGGCAAGGCAAAAGACUCAUAUUUUGGCGGAGCGGUGCAGCACCGCCUCGAACCCGGUGGUUACGUUCCCAUAGUAUACAAAGACCUCUGGAUACCAGCCGGCAGGGACUAUCCAGAGGGUGAGUCACUCGUUGUUAUGGAAAGGAUGGGUAAGGAUGCCUUCGCAAUACUGAGUCAGUUUCCGACAGCGUUCGCAAGAAAGGAACCGUGGGCCUUAUCAUUCAGUCGCCUCUAUAUGAUAAAAGAUCUAGUGGAUGGGUUGGAAUAUGCUCACAGCAAUCGCAUCAUUGACAUGGAUGUCAAGCUCGAAAAUCUCAUGCAGCGGAUUCCCACCGCGCGGUCCAGGUCGCAGCGUUUCGCCAUCAUUGACUGGGAUUUCGCCAUAGACCUUAGUAGGGCUCAAAGCUCUUGGCCUAGAAAAGGCACUCCACUCUAUGCGGCUCCAGGUAAGACAAAGAAUCCCAACUGCUGCAGAUGA